GAAAAUCCGCAAACAAUCAUCAUUUGAAAUCUAAAAGACUGAAACAUGACUGCGAUUGAUUCUUCCAAAUACUGGAACUCCUCAAGACUGAUUAAGGUUCUCUACGUAGACUUAUUUAUCCUAACCUGGAUUUGUGGACUCUGGAUCGGCUGCAAAUCUUUGAGGAAUGGCGAAGGAGAGUUGACUGGGAAAAUCAUCUCUGGUAUCCUAAUUGUUAUAUUCCUGGCCUGCCUACCCUUCCUAGCACUCCUCGAUAAUUUGGUCAAGACCAAUAUAAUGGUGGACACCUCCAGGACGGCCCUAGACAACUUCAAGAUUGACAUACAGGAUGGAAUAGAGAAAAUGGCGAAGAACAUGUCGAAGACCUCCAAUAAGGUGGUAGAUAACCUGACACUCGACAUAGAGGAUGGACUUGAGAAAAUGGCGAAGAACAUGUCGAAGACCUCCAAAGAGGUCGCAGACAACCUGACGCUCGACAUAGAGGAUGCAAAGGAGAAAAUUGAGAAAGAUCUGAAUACUGUUUACAAGGCUUUUGUUAACAACGACAAUAGAAUGAAUAUUAAAAAUGUUUCUAAGGAAGAUUUGUGUAAACAAAUUUCUUCUGCUUUUGAAAAUAUCAAUUUUUCAAAGUUUUGUCGACCAAAAGAAGAUUGAAAUAGAAAAUCCUUAAAGGAUUAUAGAUAACAGUCACAUAGAAUUAUAGUGGUCUAGCUAUAUAGCACACCAAUUUUAAUAAACAAUAUGCAUAUUUAAUAAUAUUCAAUAAAAGACAUAAAACCGGUA